GAGAUAAAUUAGCCCCAAGAGAUGGAGUAAAUUAGUCCCACGAUAAUUUUGUCUACGUAGCAAAGGACCGGCUCUCUUUCACUAUUUGCAUGCCAAUCAUUCUAGCAUCAUCAGAAGGGUUGAUCCCCUUCCCAAGAAAGAGUUGCCAGUGAUUGAUGGAAAACCAAAUUACGUCUUUAAUCUUCCAUAGUGGAAAAUGAGUUCAUCAAGAUCACCUUCUCUGCAAAGUGAUGAUAAUUAUUCAUACCAGUUUAUUCAAACAAAGGGCUUUGAUAAAGUGAAAGACAUGUCGGUUUCAGCAAGAAAAAUGGCUGCUACUCUAUGGGAAACUAAUGGGGUUUUGAAGGAUUUGAAGGAGAGGAGUGAAGUUGAAAUUGGUAGGAAAGAAAGAGUUUUGAAGUCAUCCAAAUUGGGCUCAGUAGCUUUGGAAUUCUCUGAUCCUUUUCAUGGCCCUGUUUCUGAGAGAAGGCAGCGAUCCAAAAUGGGUAGUCAUAGAAGAAGAAAACAUAUGAAGGCUGAUCUCACUCACCAAAAUGGUUGCUCUAUGGAGGUUGAUCAGACACAAAAUCAUGGACAGACUCUAAGCAGACAUCAGUUGAAGGAUGUGUGUCAUGGCCUUACGACAUGUAAAGAGCUGCUGCAAGUUCUAAGUCAUGUCUGGAAUCUCAAAGAGCAGAAAUCUACAAGUUCAUCCCUUUUCUCAGCUAUAGCUACCGAGCUUGACUGGUUGUGCGAUCAAGUGUCUAAAUUGAUAGACGAAAACACACAUAACGAUAGUGAAGUUGAUAUCCUGUUGAAGAAGUUUGAAGAAGAAAAGAUGGCCUGGAAGAUUAAAGAGCAAGACAGGAUUCAUGCUGCCAUUACAUCUGUAGCGAGGGAGGUCAAGAUAGAGAAGAAGCUGAGGAAGCAAACUGAGAGAUUAAAUAAGAAGCUUGGUAGAGAAUUGGCGGAUACAAAGGUAUCUCUCUCGAAGGCAGUCAAAGAACUUCAAGGCGAGAAAAGGGACAGAGAGAUAUUGGAGCAAAUGUGUGAUGAAUUAGCCAGAGGUCUCAGAGAAGAUAGAGCUGAGAUGGAAGAAUUGAAGAGACAAUCUGCUAAAAUUCGGGAAGAGGUGGAAAUGGAACAGAAAAUGCUUCAACAAGCUGAUGUGAUGCGCGAGGAAAGAGUUCAAAUGAAACUUUCAGAUGCCAAGUAUCAUUUCAAGGAGAAAAAUGAAGUUGUUGAUAAGUUAAGGAAUGAAUUUGAAGCCUAUUUGAGAUCCACAAAGGGCCAAGAACAAGGCAGUGAUUCGCCUAAUUAUGAAACAAUUGAUGAGCUUGAGAGACACUUGAGAGAAACACUUCCAAGUACACACCAUUACCAAGAUAAAGAAAAGGCAGAUGAGGAAGUACUUAUUAAAGAAGAAGAUGGAGAAGAAGGUGAUUCAGCUGAUAGCGACCUUUGUUCCUUUGAAUUAAACAUGGGUGAUAAGAAGAGCCAUCAGUGGUGCAAUACUCUACAGAAUGAUCCAAAUAGAUUGUUGGUUUCUGAUAAAAAUACAGGGUGGAUGUCGCAAAGCAUUUCCUUAGAAAGGGAAACUUCAGAUGGCAUAGCAUGGGAAUUCUGCGUGGGAGAGAAAGAAAAUACGAAGACUGUGGAUAGAGGAAUCUCAAACUUUCUUAACAAUGGAGGAACACCAGACUUCUCUUCUCAAGCUUGGGAAAAGGAUCAUCCGGAUGAGACGGAGAGAUAUAAAAUGAUCAAGGAUCUUUGUGACCGUAUUAUUUCUGCUUCAAGAAUAACAUCCUCUCAAGGGUUUUCUAGUCCAAACAGGAACUGGGGCCAACAGAAAUUAUCUUCCAAUGAUCCUUACAAAGUGAUGGUGAGGGCUUUGCCAUCGUGCAGGGAGAAACUUGAAGGAAUACCAUAGCUUAUUGCAGUCUUGCAGGGAGUUACUCGAAUGAAUGCCAACAUCAAGAAUCCAUCAUAAAUAGCAUGCUGCUUCUGCAGCUUGAUGCAUAUUUAUAUAAUUAGAUGGACAUAAUCAUGUGGAUCUUUGUCUGAAUGAAUAGCUAAAUAUCUGAAAAUUCAGGAAUGUCGAGAAUUUUGAGUUUUGGCUGUUGUAUGAAACAGUACAAAAUUUUGCUAAUGCUCUCUUGGCAAUGAAGAACCAUUUUCUCUAUCUAAUACUA